GCAGAGAACAGGAGGGCCAGUGUUUGUUUCUGGUCAGACCUUACACCUUAGGGCAUAACAGCGGCAUCAGGCUAGGAUUGAGCAGGUUCCCUCACACGAGAGCGCAGAGAAACCGAGAGACUGUGGAAGAGAAAGAAAUCUGAGAGAGAACAAAGGAGGGAUAGAGCAAUAGAAAGAGCAACAGACAGAAAGAGAGGGAAGAAGUAGAAAGAAAAAUAGAGGACAACGAGCCCGAAACAGAGGAGAGAUGGGCAACAGCAAAAGUGGCUCCCUGUCCAAGGGUCUCCUAGACGACCUGAAACUGAACACCAAGUACAGCGAGGAGCAGCUAUGUACCGGGUACCUUGAACUUACAAUUCUGGUCAAAAUAAAUACACUUUAUGGAGAAAAGGGUGUCAUUUGAGAUGUAGCUACUGUCUUAUAUUUCUUUCUUUUAUCCUCUAUAGGUACCAGAACUUCCUGAGAGAGUGUCCCAGCGGGCGAAUCAGCAAGCAGCAGUUUGAGGCCAUCUAUGCCAAAUUCUUCCCCGACGCAGACCCCAAGGCCUACGCACACCACGUCUUCAGGAGCUUCGACUCCAACAGGUGAUGGAUGGAUUACUGUAUAGGAACAUUACAACGUGCCUGCUGAUUUGCACUGCUCUGCAUAAUUAGCACUUGUGGGAUAUAGAAACAGCGUAAUUGAAUUAUAUUGAACCCUGCAGUGAUGGGACGCUGGACUUUAAGGAGUACAUAAUGGCCCUGCACUUGACCUCCUCUGGGAAGACCAUACAGAAGCUGGAGUGGGCGUUCAACCUGUACGACGUCGACCACAGCGGAAGAAUAACCAAGAAGGAGAUCCAAGAGAUCGUCAAGGUGAGUUGUAGAGUCAUUGUGAAAUAGAUGUAAUGAAAUAGGUGUAAGAGAUGUGCUAGCAUCAUGUUCUGCGUGCUGCUCAAAUCUCUAUAAUGAUGAAACAAACUUUCUGUUUAUAGUCGAUAUUCAACAUGAUCUCCAAAGAGGACCAGAAGUAUCUUCCUGAUGAUGAGAACACACCAGAGAAGAGAGCUGAUAAAAUCUGGGACUUCUUCGGCAAGAAAGAAAAUGGUAAGCCUUGUUUUCAUGUUUAAGAACCACUCAAAGAAUAGUUCAAGAGAAUCAUACAUAAUAUAUUGUAUAUUGUAUUUUGACGUAUUGUUGCUGUUUUUUGGUUUGUUCAUUUUUUUCUACCUUAUGCGUAUCGAGCGUGGGAAGCGUAUCUAUUAUUGCAUCUGUUGUUAUUUCAGAUAGGCACAGUGAUGCCGAAACGUUGGUGGGUUUUUUUUUACCCAAUAAAUGACUGGGAGGUUAUACAUAUGGAGUGUGUAUGGCGACUCUCUUUGUUUUUACCGCUUAUAGUUUAUUCCCCGUCAGUCAGCACCUCUACACUAAAUAAUGUUCUCUGGGUGUGCGCCAGCUCAUGCUUUUUAUCUUUCAGAUAAGCUAACAGAGGAGGAGUUUAUCCAGGGAGUGAUGGACAACAAGAACCUCCUCAGACUGGUCCAGUUUGACGAGCCACAGAAGGUCCAGGAGAGACUGAAGGAGAUGAAACAUUAGCAGUCUUUUUUUUUUUCACUUCAACUUUAUGUGUCCAGGUUAG